UGCAACAUGCGCUCAUUGGGAGCUCUGGGAGUAGCGCUGCACGCAUCUCUGCUCGUCCUGCUGGCUCAGGGGAUUCAGAGGGCGAGGGAUGGAGUUUACAUCAGGCCGCAGCUUCGUUUCCCCAUCUUGAACCGCUCAACCGGAUACCACCUGCCUACCUACAUGAUGCACCUCUACAGGAAUUUCAAGUCUAAUCUGUCCCGGCCUAUGGAUGCGAUGGAGCAAGCUGCUGCGACCCAAGCAGACACCGUCAAGAGUGUGAUGGCUAAAAGUCUGACAUACAGACAGAGGCAAUGGGUUGCAACCUUUGACCUCCAGGCCCUGCUGGCCGACAAGCAGAUCCAGUCUGCAGAGCUAAGGAUCCGGAUUCCAAGGACGAGUGUUUCCAACAUCACGGUGGCAGUCUAUCAUCAACAUGACCAAGCAUGUCAUAUGCACAGGAGCUGCCAAGAGGAGCAGCUGGUGGGCCUGCUCACUGCAUCCUCGCUGGUCACCUCAUCACAAAACUGGAGGGUGUUCAACAUGACCAGACCUCUCCUGAGGUGGCUCAGAGAAAAACAGACGGCGAGAAUUCGACGUAAAAGGAUGUCAAGAAAGAGGAAUGCAGACAAGACAAAAAGAGGCCUGUUUCUUCCUGAUCCUCCUAUCUACGUGGCCAGUCCAAGAAGAGAGCAGAGUAUGAGUGACAGGGCCCUGCUGGUUGUCUUUUCACACACAGCAUCCGACGAAAACUCAAAGGCCAAAGCAAGCCUGCUGCAUACAGCUGAGCAAUCCAAGUUCUUGUCCCCUGCUGAAAUUAAAAAGCCUCGGCGGCCAAAGAGGCACAGGAGCAAACGGGGCCAGAGAGAGCAAACGAUGAGAGGCCCGCAGGUGUCCAAGAGAGGGAACGAAAAAUCUCUCUGUCGCAGAGUGGACUUGCAUGUAGACUUUAACCAAAUUGGCUGGGGAUCAUGGAUCAUCUUCCCUAAAAGAUAUAACGCCUAUCGCUGCGAAGGUACUUGUCCGAGUCCUCUUGGAGAAGACCUGAAUCCAACGAAUCAUGCUUACAUGCAGAGUUUACUGAAACAUUACCACCCUGACAGAGUUUCAUCACCCUGCUGUGCCCCAACCAAAAUGAGCCCAUUAAGCAUGCUGUACUAUGAGAACGGGGAGAUGCUCCUUCGACAUCACGAGGACAUGAUUGUGGAUGAGUGUGGCUGCCAAUGACCUCCUACAGAUCUGUGGCGCUGAGGAUGACAGCUGCCCACUUUGGGAAACGAAGAAAACAACACUUAGCCCUGGCUGGAGUCUUGGCCAGAGGGAAAAAAGCUCUUUGAUAAUUGUCACUGUGCACUCUAACAGGACUGAAAUAGAUUGAUGUGCAGAGAUAAAGCUUUUAAUCUGUGAUGUGAACUAUGGUUUGCCGAGAGAUUUUUUUUUUUUACUUCAAAACAUGCCAAAAAACAAACUUGUGUUGCCUUUGAAUUGUGUUCAGUUAUCACAGUCUAAGUUAAAAGUUUGCUCCCCUUUAUCCACUUUACCCAUUUCAUCUAUGUAAACUUAUUAACAUGAAAUUCUAUUGUUCAUUAUUCCAGCACUGUUUCUAUUGUACACUAUGCAUUCAU